CUGUCUUGGUACAGGGAUUAUUUCACGUUGAUUCACAAACCCUAGAGCAAGCGCCGGUGUUGGGAAGACUAGUGAUCACGUACAGACACACACACUCACACACGCACUCCACCGCGCGCGCGCGAGCACACACACCCGAAUCCUUUUUUUUCUGGAGCAAGAUUCUUGAUUGUUGUUGUUUUGCUAAGAUCUGGGCUUAGAAGUGAUCGUCGCUGACCAGAAUUCUGCAGAGCCGGGCUAUUCGUCUGGCUCCCUCCAGGAGGUCUGGUUGCAUAUAAAGGGAAGCGAGAAAAAUAAGUCAUCAACCUGUAGUUUUGACGUCCCAACACCUGCAAACCUAGAUUGCUUAGUACAGUUCCCUCCUCCAGAGCUCUUUCUCCAGAUCCUUGGACGAGGGAGAACAGCGUUGCUAUUUCUCUGACUCGGAACAGUUAAGUACUUCUUCUGCAUGAGCAUAACCAAAGGGUGAUCCUCUCCCUUGUCCCUUAUGGAGACCUCAGAGCCAGAGUUGCAGCCUUCUCCUCCUCCUCUUGCCACUGCAGCUACUGCCUGGGGUGCUGCUCCAAGGUUUGAGACACUGUUGACAGGCUGAAGAAAGAGGGCUUGCAAAGACCUCCUCACUGUGUAAACAAAAUGAUGGCCGGAAGUUACUUCAACUCCCUAAAUACUAUUAUUAAUCAGUAAUCAUAUCGUUAGUCCAAAGCAUUGCAUGGAGCAAAUGAGAAAAGAGACUAUUUGCAUUUGGUUACAAUGAUAAACGAAAGACCUGAAACUUUUCUGUUUCAAGAAAACAACAGGACAGUUACCUCCUUGCUUUGCAUUAACAUUUGCUCCUUGCUGGCUGCAGUCUUUGGAGUCUACAACAAAAUCGUGAAUUUGAACAGAUGUGUGGAUUCUGGAGAGGCCACUGGAGUGUAAUAAAAAUAAAGAGGCUUGGUGGAUGAAAGGACAAGGCCUAGACUUUUUCUGAGAUCAAAUCUGAAGGCUGCAUCUUUUAUUUUUUUGAUAGCAAAACACAGUUAUCUGUGUCAGACAUCCUGGAUGAUAAGAAAAUGCAGAUUUUGUGGUGGUUACAAUUUUGCAAAACACAAAUUCAGUUUUACUAAUACCAUGAUGUGCUGUGCUUCCAAGAAACUGCCCUCCAAAUGCAAAUGGCUUUGAACUUCCCCUCAUAGAAGUCAAGGUGUGACUACAGAUAUCCUAGACUAUUUUGUAUUAAACAAAUAAACAAUUACAAAAUGGAGGUUGCAAUGGUGAGUGCAGAUAGCUCCGGCUGCAAUAGCCACAUGCCCUAUGGAUAUGCCGUCCAGGCUCGGGCUCGGGAGAGAGAACGACUGGCACACUCGAGGGCAGCGGCAGCUGCUGCUGUGGCAGCAGCAACGGCGGCAGUAGAAGGUGGGGCCUCAUUAGGAGGUGGAUCCUAUCACCACUACCACCAGGUACAGAGUGGGGGGGCUUCCUCUUCUCACAGUGGGAAUGCAUCACACAGCAAUUUGUUCCAGUGUCAGAACAGUAGAAGGAGGAAACGAGGAAGAAAGAGAAGCCACUAUCUGGGUAGCAGGGACUGUGGGGCCUCCUUCCCAUGUUCUGAGCUGCUGCCUCUCAGUGGCUCUGAGGAGAAGAUACUGAAGGACUUGAGUGAGGAGGAAGAGGAGGAUGAGGGGGAGGAUGAAGAGGAUGAGGAGGAAGGAAAGUUCUUCUACAGUGAUGAGGAUGAUGUGGAUGAGUUUUCGUAUUUGGACCAACCACCUGAUGAUGGUGGUGGUGGUGGCCCUGGGGGCUACAGCACAGUACGCUACAGCGAGUAUGAGUGCUGCGAACGGGUGGUGAUCAAUGUGUCAGGACUGCGGUUUGAGACUCAGCUGAAAACCUUGGCUCAGUUUCCUGAGACAUUGCUUGGUGAUCCUGCAAAGCGGGGCAGGUAUUUUGACCCACUCAGGAAUGAGUACUUCUUCGAUAGGAACCGGCCCAGCUUUGAUGCCAUCCUGUACUACUACCAGUCUGGAGGCCGUCUGAAGAGGCCGGUCAAUGUGCCCUUUGAUAUCUUCACUGAGGAAGUGAAAUUCUAUCAGCUUGGGGAGGAGGCCAUGCUCAAGUUCAGGGAGGAUGAAGGGUUCGUCAAAGAGGAAGAGGAUAAGGCUUUGCCCGACAAUGAGUUCAAGAAGCAGAUCUGGCUGCUGUUUGAGUACCCAGAGAGUUCCAGUGCAGCCAGGGGCAUUGCCAUUGUCUCUGUCUUGGUCAUCUUGAUCUCCAUUGUCAUCUUCUGUCUGGAGACUUUGCCAGAAUUCAGAGACAACAAGGAGCUCAUAUUGUCCCUGGGCUUGGGGAAGGGGCUUUUCAAUGAGACUCUACAUCUGGAUGGUGGGGGGCACACUAUCUUCAAUGACCCAUUUUUCAUUGUGGAGACAGUCUGCAUCAUCUGGUUCUCCUUUGAGUUUACAGUGAGAUGGUUUGCCUGCCCCAGCAAAGCAGUCUUCAUCAAGAACAUCAUGAACAUCAUAGACAUUGUCUCCAUCUUGCCUUACUUCAUCACCCUGGGCACUGAGCUGGUCCAGCAGCAGGGCAGUAAUGGUCAACAGGCCAUGUCUUUUGCUAUCCUGAGGAUCAUCCGUCUGGUCAGGGUGUUUCGCAUCUUCAAGCUCUCCAGGCACUCUAAGGGUUUGCAGAUCCUAGGUCAUACACUCAGAGCCAGCAUGAGGGAGCUGGGGCUCCUCAUCUUCUUUCUUUUUAUUGGAGUCAUUUUGUUUUCCAGUGCUGUUUACUUUGCAGAAGCUGAUGAACCUUCCACUCAUUUUCAAAGCAUCCCAGAUGCCUUUUGGUGGGCUGUAGUGACCAUGACCACAGUUGGUUAUGGGGACAUGAAACCCAUAACUGUGGGUGGGAAAAUAGUCGGGUCCCUGUGUGCCAUCGCGGGUGUGUUAACCAUUGCUUUACCAGUGCCAGUGAUUGUCUCCAAUUUUAACUAUUUCUAUCACAGAGAGACUGAGAAUGAAGAACAAACACAACUGACGCAAAAUGCAGUCAGUUGUCCAUACCUCCCAACUAAUUUACUGAAGAAAUUUAGAAGCUCAUCUUCUUCUUCCACAGAGGGUAAAUCAGAGUAUUUGGAGAUGGAAGAAGGAGUUAAAGAGUCUCUUUGUGUAAAGGAAAAAAAAUGUCAGGACACAGGGAAUGACAGUGAGACAGAGAAGAAAAACUGUGUAAAUUCAAAAUCUGUGGAAACUGAUGUGUAAUAUUGAAAGUUUCCAAAUAUAUUUAUGCAUUAAAGAGUGCAGUGAUAAAAAUGAAAUAUGCAAACAAAAGUCUCAAGCAUACAAUACAUAAAUACAAAUAAAAAAUAGCGUUGCUAAAGUUGUAUUACAUAUCAAGUAAAUUAUAUACCUUGUGGAAGAGGUGGUUUGAGCUGAUGUAAUUUCAAACUUUAUAUUUUUAUUAGAAUGCAAGCGUUUUGCACAUGAGGGGAAGAAAUCAUUAAAGCCAAGACAGUUUUAAAUAGGGUGCAUGAACUGUUGACAUCACUAAUAAGAUCUCAGUGGUAAAAGUUGGCAUUCAGAGGUAUUUACUAUGUAAGAAACAAUGAAGUUCAGCAAUCAUUAUCCGUUUAUCAAUGCUUUAAUAGCUGUUACCAUAAAUCAUUGGAUUUCAUAGUUGUGAUCUUCAAAGCAGUAAAAAUUAUUGUAAAAACCAAAUUUUUUCCACAGAACAUAGGUCUAAAUUUUAUCUUGAACUAUCUAAUGCUUAUUUUUAAUUGGAAAAUAACUUUGAAAAGGCUGCUGAACCUCCAGAAAUUGUUUAUUUUUAUAACUCUCUUUGGAGGCAUUGCAGCAUUUGUUGUCUAAUAUAUGGACGAAAUGAAGUAAGAUAAUCAUUUAACAUGGUCUGAAUGCAGUGGCAAAGUGACUGGAAUGCUUUUUUGCACUACUUUUUAUGCUGGAGAUAUACUGAAAGAGACUUCAUACUGUGAAUGUUUACUAAUGUAGUAGUUGAAUGACAAUCAUUGGAAGAGUGAAUUCUGCAUCUCAUUUUAUUGGGUUUUUUGUGUGUGUGAUGCUGAUGGCUAACCAUCUAAUGUUACAUUAAUUCCAUAUUCUUUUAAUUAUGAAUAUCUGUGAUCUGAAAACGGACUGUGAAGUAAAAUUUUAUAAUUUUUUUUUAAAUAGUCUGCUCUACUGAUGCCCUCAAGAAAUAACAGUGUAUUUUAUAUUUUCUUUACUGGGUCACUCUUCAGCAUUCAGAAUCCGUGAUAAAUACUUGCACUUUGUCAGUAUUGAUGUAAUUCUGAGUAAUUGAAGGGACUGUAGCAGUAAUAAGGUGUUCAACUGCUACAGUGAUGAGGACUAAGAAUUGCUAACUUUUAAAUGUGCUAUUAUUGGAGCUGUGUUUUUUUCCUUAAUUACAGCUUUCACCCAUGUGCAUUUGAAAUAACCUUUAAGAUCCAUAGUAGGCAUUCUGGGAUUUAGAAUAAACACUUCAGGACCCAGGCUGUCCUCAAGAAAGUAUUUGUUGAUCCAUUCUUGCUUAUGUUUAAGCCACCCCAAGCUCCCAUUAACCUCAGUUGGAGAUGUGAGUGUGCAAGAACUGUACUGUCAGGCCCACUGUAUAUUUCAGAACUUGGAACGAAAUAGGAGAGGUAUCAUCUAACAUAAAGUAUGCAUUCAAAAUACACCUUUACCUCGAUAUAACGCUG